AGGCAGAGUGGGCGGAGCCACAACCAAGAACAUUCCCCAACACAAGUACUCAUUCUGCCCAGUUCGAUCGGCAACGGGAGCGGAAAGAGGAAAGCUGAGAGCCCGAAGGCAGUAGCCCCCACCACCGCCGGCCCACGUUACCAUCUAGCACCGGGAAAAAUAGCAGAGAGCCGCCGCCGGCAGAAGCCAUUACCAACUAGUAGUAACUAUGAGCAGCGAGGCCGAGACACAACAACAACCACCGCAGCCUGCUGCCGAUGCGGAAAGCCCAUCCAGCCCGGCAGCUGCAGCUUCCGCGGGGGAUAAGAAGGUCAUCGCAACAAAAGUCUUGGGUACAGUCAAAUGGUUCAACGUCAGGAAUGGAUAUGGUUUCAUCAAUAGGAAUGACACAAAAGAGGAUGUUUUUGUACACCAGACAGCCAUAAAAAAGAACAACCCAAGGAAGUAUCUUCGCAGUGUUGGGGAUGGAGAGACUGUGGAGUUUGAUGUAGUUGAGGGAGAGAAGGGUGCAGAGGCAGCAAAUGUCACUGGCCCAGGAGGGGUUGCUGUCCAGGGAAGUAAGUACGCCGCUGACAGGAACCGCUACAGGCGUUAUCCACGCAGAAGGGGGCCCCCUCGCGGAGGAGACUACCCAGAGAACUACCCAAGUGAUGGAGAGGGCGAGCCUGGCAGUGGAGGGCGUGACAAAGGCAACAGAGACGGGGGAGAAAGCGCCCCUGAGGGAGAAUCGCAGCCACAGCAGCGCAGACCCACUUACCCCGGCAGACGACGCUAUCCACCAUACUUUGUAGGUAGACGUUAUGGUCGUCGACCCCCGUACACCAAUGCACCACGCGGAGAAAUGCCUGAGGGAGUUGAAGGUGACGAAAACCAGGGAGGUCCAGACCAGGGCAACAAACCAGUGAGGCAGAACUACUACAGAGGCUUCAGACCAAGGUUCACACCCAGGGGUCCACCCCGUCCCAGACCGGUGCGGGACGGUGAGGAGGACAAGGAGAAUCAGGGAGGUGAAGGUGGUCAGAAUCAACAGCCCCGUCAGCGGCGCUACCGCCGUAACUUCAACUACCGCCGCAGACGCCAACAGACUGGUGGUAAACCAGGCCAGGAAAGCAAGGAUGCCAAGGCAGGAGGUGAACCAUCUGCAGAAAAAACGUCCGCUCCCGAGGCCCAGCAGGGUGGGGCUGAGUAGGAAGCAACAUGCCCACCGGCAACUACCAUCUUUUACCAUCGUCCGGUUUUUUUGACACGAAGAAACAUCAAAUAAGAUCUGAGCAAUAAAGAUUUGACUUUAAGAUCGUCACAAGCUUGCACCAUUUUGACCAGAUUACCAACAAUUGCCUGCAGAAUCUAUGCAGACUUGGGUUUGUUUUUUUUGUUUUGUUCUCCAUUAUUUUUAUGUGACAGCUACAAAAAGUUUUGGGGAAACAACAAUGUUUUUCUAAAUCUGUCCUAAGUUUUUACACCAAAUGGUUUUUAAAAAUGAAAUGGAAUUUGAUAUCUGGUCAGUUUGACAUUUUUAAAUAACUUUUUAUGUAUUCAAACAUUUUAACAAAAUGCAAGCUAAAAUAAAACUCAAAAACCAGGUAAA